UUAAAUUGUGUCAAAUUAUAGUUCAAGAUUAGAGAUGAGCUAGUCUCUGUAUUUCAAUUCUGUCGGCAUUUAAUAAUCCAGUUAAUUUAGUAAUAUUUUUUCAUAUCAUCAUUUUUUCGUAUCAUCCACUUAACAUAAUGAUAGAACGCUGCCGGCAAUUAAUGAGGCUAGUAAUAAGAGAACAAGUGAAGAGGUACGGGGUGCUUCAUAAUGCAAAGGGAGUUGUAGAAAAUGUCGCGGAAAAAGCGCAGAGCAUCGCGACCGAAAAAUACAACGUCGUUGCGAAAAAAUUUAACGAUCAGUCUAUUAUAAUACAAGAUUUAAAUGCUAAGGCAUUAGAAACAAAUGUACCAUUGCCAGGAAAAAUUAUUAAAAUGUGGCAAUGGUAUAACCAAUUAAUAGGAAUGGAUACAGUUGAAACAGCCAGAAGACAAGUGGUUACCCUUCAGGAUAAACUAUUCCAGUGUCAGGACGAUAGGAGAACUUUGAAUAAAGAGUUAACAGAUCUUGCCUAUAAACUGCAAGAGAUCUAUGCAGAAUUAAUUCGAACAAAACGAGAUGAUCCCAAGUAUGUAGAAUUGACGAUAAUGGAGCACAAGUCUUUACAGGAACAAAAGAAACUUGUUAAUCAGCUGGCAUCAUCCGAGAAAGAAGAGAGGGAUAAUUUCACGCAAUUGGCAACUGCAAUAAAAGACUAUCAUAUCAGCCAAAACUUAAAUGCACAGAAAUAUAAAUAUUUAUCUAUUAUCGCUUCUGCCACAUUAGCAAUUAUAUCAUUAAUCGGUUCAAUAAUAAUUAAUAAUAAAAGAAUAUUAGAUGUACGGAAUACCAUAAGCACAGCACAAGAAAAGAAUGAAUCAUUAUUUCAAAAGAAUAUGGAUGAACUAUCUGAUAUUAAGAAAAUAUUGCAAUCAUUCAAUACCAAGGCAAUAUUGAAAAAACAAGAAAAUGCAAUAGAUUUAACUAAAGAAAUCAAUCAAUCUAAUAUGUCUAAUAUAUUUGUGUCUUCUGCAAAGUAUUCAGCAAAUUUGUUGAUUUCAGGACUAAGUUAUGCCAAGAAAGGUAUUUAUACAUGUGCAUCAUAUAUUUUUUACAAAUAA